AUGGCUGCUAACACAGAUACAACGCAUAAUGAGUUCCCCGCGCGAGUCGACCUCCUCGAUAUGCUGGCGCAACAGCCACUUCCCCUCCUCGCCCCCGGGCUGAUGGAUCCAAGUUCGAUGGCCGGCGAUGAGCCAACGAAACAAGCUCAGCUCGUGUUGGAUCGCCUCAAUGCUGCGGUUGCUGGGAAUGACGCCGAAGCUAUCGAGAGCUGUUUCGUCGCGGACAAUGCGUAUUGGAAGGAUCAGUUGGCACUGACCUACCACCUUCGUACCUUCAGGACACCCGGUGUGAUUGCGGCUAGUCUGUUGGAAACGAACAGACUGAGAGCCAUUAAGGGUGGCAUAGCAGUCAAUGGUGCUGCUAUGUUCAUGCCUGCUACACCUGUUCUUCAAUUCAUUGACUGUGGAAUCACUUUCCAAACUGGCUCGCCAGUGGCGACAUGCAGCGGAAAGGUGGUGCUUUUGCCGAUCAAAAGCGCCAAUGGGAGUAUUGAAUGGAAGAUCUGGGUUCUGAGCACUAUUCUUGAAAGCCUGGAUUUGCAGAAGGAGGAGGAAACCUUGCUUCAGUUGCCUGGAAGACAGCUCGAUGGCACUGAGGAUGUGGAGACCGAUGUCUUUAUAAUCGGCGGUGGAAAUGCUGCUGUCGCCCUCGCUGCGCGCCUCAAGGCUCUGAGGGUCGAAAGCGUCAUGGCUGAACGCAAUGCUCGGCCAGGCGACAACUGGGCCCUCCGUUAUGACAGCAUGCGAUUCCACAUCCCGACGACGUUCUGUCAAUUGCCCUAUAUGAACUAUGAGAAGAAACCCGACCUUCUCUCUCGAGAAGACUUAGCGUCGCAAGUACGACGAUACGUAGCAACGUUCAACCUGAACAUGAUCACCUCGGCCCAGAUCCAAUCGACCCAAUACAAUCGAUCAACCAAGCAAUGGCUCAUCAAGUUCCAGACACCCGCUGGCCAGCGCACAGUUAUCUCCAAGCAUGUUGUCAUGGCCACAGGCGUCGGAUCUCAAAAGUUGCACCUCCCAUCGAUAGCAGACAAACAUCUAUACAAGGGUAUUAGCAUGCACUCAGUACAAUACAAAAACGCCGAACAGCUGAAAGCAAAGGGAGCUAGAUCCGCCCUAAUCAUCGGCUCAGCAAACACAGCCUUCGACGUGCUAGAAGACUGCCACGCCGCAGACCUCAAAACAACAAUGAACGUCCGCUCCCCAACAUACGUUGUCCCACUCGACUAUGUCUGCCACCCAAUGAGUCUAGGAGCGUAUGACGCAGGCGUGGACUUUGCGGACAAUCUCUUCAUGACACUCCCAACAGCCAUAGACGCCCAACUAGCCCGCAACCUCUUCGCGCACUUCGCGUCUGAAGAACCGGAUCGCUAUAAAGCGCUGGCGGAAGCGGGAUUCCCUGUUUUGGAUAGCGGUAACCCCAAUUGUGCGCUUAUGCAGAAUCUCCUUGAGCGGGGUGGGGGGCAUUAUGUUGAUGUUGGUGGUUCCAAAUUGGUGGAGGAGGGUCAGGUUGAGAUUAAGGCAUUGGUUGAGCCAGUCGCGUAUACCGAGACUGGGCUGCGGUUCUCGGAUGGAAGUUGUGUUGAUGCUGAUGCCGUGAUUUGGUGUACUGGAUUCGCGGAUAAGAAUGUUCGUGACGCUGCUCUUGAGAUCUUGGGUGGUUCUGAAGAUCAGGGUCAGAAUAGUGAGGGUGAAGAUGGGAAGCUGUUUGGUCCUGAGAUUGCCUCUCGUCUUGAUGCGACUUGGGGUGUUGAUUCUGAAGGUGAGAUUCGAGGUCUUUGGAAGAGGCAGUCGCGACUUGAGAAUCUCUGGGUUAUGGGUGGUUAUACUCAGCAGCAUCGCUGGCAUUCGCGGACUUUGGCGCUUCAAAUCAAGGCUGCGUUGGAGGGUGUGUUGCCCCCGGCGUAUCGGGAGACUCCUAGUCCUGCUGUCACAUCGCGUUGUGUUAUUUCUUGA